AUGCCUCCCCUAAUGGGAAACCCCAAUCAUGCAAUCGCCUCCAAUUUUCAAUUAUUAGAGCAUCAAGCAGCAGCAAUCCUAGCUAACCUAUGGCACAUCCAAAAUGAAGCUGACAAGCAAGCAGAAGCCCAGCGCAGAGAAGAAGCCAAAGAAGAAGCCCAACGCCAACAAAUGCUAAGGGAAGAACAAGAGGCUGCAAUUCAAGAGGAACACAAGAAGAAUAAAGCCAAGUACACCCCAAUCAAAGACAUUAAUGUUCCUUCCAACCCCAUCAUCCUCCCAUGUCAAUAUGCUGUCCGGAAAAUGAAAUCAGGCAACUACUGCGAACUAUUCUACUUCACAAACAGUGGUCUAGAAGAGGCCUCCCGCUCCACCUUCACAGCUGAUGAAGAUGCUUUAGUGAUGCUACCCACUUCAGACGGUCUAAAUAAAUGGAUCCCAGCCGCCGCUGCCAGGGAUCCCAAAGCUCAAAUCAUCAAGGACGAGAACCUGACCUGGGAGCAGUUUAAUGAGGCAGCCCCGCACAUGAACCAACAUGUUCAUCUCCUUCUGGUCCGUGCUGCAGAACCACAGAUGGGGCCAUGA